UUUUUCCUACCUAUACAAUUGCUCAAAUAUUAAAUAAACAAACAAAACCUAAAGACUUUUUCCAAAGUCAAACAUAUGUACCUUCUUCUAUAUAUUGUUUUGUUAUUCUUCACCUUCUUUUCAACCAAAUCUUAUUUGUCUCUCAUACAUCUUCUUCUUCAUUCUUCCUUUCUAAAAAUGUGUAAUAUUCCAAAAAUAUCAUGUUUCAAAGGAGUUUCAUACAUGUUAUUAUGCUCAAAUCCAAGAAUUAAGCUUAUAUCAUUUGAAGGAACUACAAAAGUUAUAAAAGGACGUUCAAGAAUUAAAGCAGGAGAAAUAAUGUUUGAGUUUCCUGAUUGUGUUGUUUGCCAUGCAGACUCAUUCUUCCUUGGUCGUCCGAUACCGGCACUCGCCAUCCACGACCACCUCGUCGCUGGACGUUCGUAUUUUGUCCUCCCACUCGACCGCCUUCCUAAUGGUGGACCUCUCUCCGCGGCCGCCUUACAGUCUCUAUCAUCUCCUUUACCUAGUAAAAAAGAUAAGAGUUACCCUAGUAGUACAAUGAAUUAUUCUAAUAAUUUGUUUAGUGGUGGUAAUGACAAUAAUGGUAAUAAUAGCCCUUUUGAGUAUAUUAAGGAUAAAGAUGGUAGGGUAAUUAUGAUAAAAGUUGUACCAGAGUUUAUUACUAGGAUUAUUAGUCCAUCUUUAAGUCCGAAUAGUAAUAGUAAUAGUAAUAGUAUUAGUAAUCUUAUAUGUACGACCCCAGAGUUGCAGAAACAAUAUGAGCAACUUGUUAGGGCUAAAGAUCAAGGGUGGUCUCCAAGACUUGAGACGAUUUCUGAGCAUAAGAUUAGGUCUUCUCCUAUUAAGUUAUUGCGUUUGGAGUGGAAACAAAUCAAGCAAAAACAAAUUUGAUUAAGUAUUUAA